AUGGAUAGCGACGAGUUGACACAGCUCACCCAGGGCACUCAGGGUGUCGUUGAUCCACGCCGUUAUGGACGCAACAAUUCUGGUCUAUCUGACGAGGAUGUGUCCGAUGUCAUGUGCAUCCUCCAUCCUUCCACACCAGCUGCCUACCGCUUGGUAGCAGAGACUGCCGUCCGCGCCCCACAACACGUCCUUCAGAAUUACAAAGCGCCGGAACCUGAGCGCGAGCCAAGUCCAGCACCUUUUGAAGAGCAACAGACGUUCAUUCUCGCUGAGAACCAUCCAAGCCAAGCCCUCGACCUGGCCUUUCGCUUUUCCACCACGACAAAGCACCCACACCUCGGCUUCAUGUUCGGACGGAAUGACUCACACUGCGACAUUGUAGUCGCGUCUGAUGCCCACAAACGUGUGAGCAAUAUGCAUUUCAUCAUCUACAUGAAUGAGUCGGCCGUACUCAUGCUCAAGGAUAUGUCCACCAACGGCACCAUGGUGGACGAUGCCUUGUUGAAACGCAAAAGCACUCAGUACCAGAAGCAACGGAUGUUGAACAAUGGCAGUGUCAUCAACAUACUGUCGGAGCAACCCGAGGAGUCGCUAAGAUUCAUAGUCCGAUUUCCAUCUCGUCAGGGCCAUGAGGCCGAGUAUGAGCGAAAGGUCACGAACUACAUGGAGAGAAUGUGCGAAGCCACGGAUGAAUAUGUACACAACGGUGGCGAGGAUCCGAUGCUCAUACUAAAGCGCACACCAGGUCAGCACAGGCGUGGAAACUCUUCACUCAAGACACCCCUUGUUCGCAACAACCACGGCAUGCACUGGAACGGCGGCGACCGAUACAAUGUAGUCGGACAGAUUGGGAAGGGCGCGUUCGCAAGCGUGUACCAGCUGGCAACUAAGGGCGAAGGUCAUUUCUACGCUGCAAAGGAGUUGGAGAAGCGCAGGUUCAUGAAAAAUGGGAUCCUGGACCGCAAGCUUGAGAACGAGAUGCAGAUCAUGCAGUCUAUCAACCAUACCAGCAUUGUACAAUACCGCGAGUAUCAGGACGUCAAGGACCACCUCUACAUCAUCAUGGAAUUUGUUCCUUGUGGUGAUCUACAGCAGCACUUGACCGAGCAUGGACGACUGCCCGAGCACGUCGGCAAGUCGAUGGCUGCUCAGGUCUUAGAUGCGCUUGACUAUCUCCAUACUAAGAACAUCACUCACCGUGACAUCAAACCGGACAACAUCUUGCUAGCCCAUUCUGAGGAGGAGAAUUUUGUCAUCAAGCUUUCGGAUUUUGGCCUGUCAAAGGUGGUCAACAAUAACGAUACCUUCCUCAAGACUUUCUGCGGGACGUUGUUGUAUUGCGCACCGGAAGUGUUCCCUCACUACGACGCGCACGUCGGCGGUAAGGGCACGAAGCGGCCUCGCAAACCCCCACCACAGCAAUUCAAGAAGUUCCACAGUUACAGCCAAGCGGUCGAUAUUUGGUCUUUUGGUGCAGUGUUGUGGUAUUCGCUAUGUCUUAGACCUCCGUUUGAGGGCGUGGCUGAUAAUACCGGCCGCGGAAUGUUCGACAAGAUCAUGAUGACUCCUUUGGACGAGACAGACCUGGUCGAGCGGGGAGUUUCGGACGAGGCUGUGGCGUUGCUCAUUCACAUGCUCAACACUGACCCUACCGCUCGGCCUUCUGCAGAAGAUUGUCUGCGUCACGAGUGGUUUGGCGGUCUUCCAGUGCCGGUGAGGCCGGAGAGACACUCGACCGCAGCGGAACUCGGCGCAAUCGCAGAAGAUCCGGAGCUGGACGGAGAAUUCCACCAGAAUCCUGACGUCGCUGGGCUGAGCCUUGACGAGCGGGUCGCGAGCCACAACAGUGAGGUCAGCCUUAACUCGGAGGAUAUGAACUUCUUCGACCCGCGGCAAUCAAAGAGAUUCAAGCCGAGCGAAGCAAGAUUUCCCGACAAUGAAGAGGAGAACUUUCUCGACUCGAGCAGUGAGAUCUACCAAGAGAUCCCCAUCAUGCGUGGUGUGAGCCAACCACAGGGUGGGCACUCCAACCCGUUCGACAAGGCCAAACCGGCCAAGCUCUUUGGAGAGAUCAGUCAAUCAGACCUUCAGGCUUCAGCGUUCGGCAGACAUGCGAACGAAGCUGUUGGCACUUGCAGCAGCUCCCAUGACUCCGAAGAUUUGUAUUCCGCGAGUCCUGUUCGCCAAAACACGCAGCGGCAUCCUUCGAAGCAGUAUGGCGAUUCGCCUAGUCUUGAGGGUGCGGAGUCGCUGGUUCGCGACAUGAAUAUGCAGUGCGAUCCAGAGCGUGAGCAACCUGGCACACCGGACAGCUUUGAGCACCUCAGCCAAGAUGAAGAACUCUCUCAGGAAACACCAGUUGGGAACUUUGACCAAACGCCCCGACCAGCCGCCUUCAGUCGUCAGAUCAAACUUCCUAUUCCAGCAUCUUUCUAUUACGUCCCCGAUGACCCGAGCACCCACAAUCUGGAGUACGCAUCGAAGGUUAGUGGCCACGAUUUCGCCUCGGAUCCUGUGUUCUACCCGAAUGACACUUCUCUGCCUCCCACCGAGAAUCCGUCAGCUGAGGUGACGCAAGAGAUUUUCGAAGACGAAGCUCAAAGUAAAGACCAGAUCAGUGGGACGGCUGAAGAUGAACAGGCCGAAGACGAUUCGGCGAGUCCAAUGUACGGCAAGCUGGUGUCAACGAAAGACUCCGUUGCUCGGAUCACCUUACCGUUGAAUCAACGACAUACCACUUGGGGUCGAGCACCGGAGAACACCUACGUCUACCACGACAGCAACGACACGCGAGUCGCGAGAACAGCACUGGCGAUCUUCUUUCACGCACCCGGUAUCGAGAUGCUCUCUGAAGGCGAAGAUUUUACCAAACUUCCUGGACUGUACUGCGGUGUUAUCACGCACGGUAGUAUCGGCGUGCGGAUCAAUAGCGUGCAGCUCAAGAAAGGUACAUCGGGCAAGCAGCCGUACGGCAAACUGCACACCGGUGAUGAGAUUGAGAUAUUCUCACGAACGAGUGGCAAUGGCAAAGGCGGUCUGAAAUUCAAGGUAGAGGUCUACUGCGGCGAUGGAAUCAAGCCUCGUCCUAGCCAUGAGCCCCGCUUCACAGUUGAGAAGGGUUCCACAUCAUCACGGAGCAAGCGCAAGGGAAAGAAUAAGGAGAACGAGAAGGGGGCAGUAGUAGUAGUCGAAGAGGACUCAGACGCCGCGGCCGGCGCCGGAUUUGAUGACCUGGAUGAAGUGAUUUGA